AGGCCUUCCGUUGCGGCUGUUGGUGCGGUAGGCGCACACGGCGCAAGUUUGUGUGGCCGUGAAAGCGCGUGUAGAGACCGCGAACGCGUUCAAAAUUGGUUAUCUCUCUUGCUCGCGCGAACGAGAAUAAUGCGGCGGCAUCUAUAACUUUCACAUCGCCGUUUGAACAUCGUACUCUAUCAGGAGGUGACAGAGUCGCAAGACUUUGCCGCACCCAUCAACACGCGGUGCAACAGCCAUCGGAAACAACAGUGCGACGUAUGGACGUCCGCGCGUAGUGCGUCGCCCUUCACCUUCCUUUUCGGAUGCGUCCUAUCGUCUGAAUCCGAUGUGCGGAGCCACCACUGUCACGGCUGUCACGUCGUCGUCUGCUCGACCGUGGACCGCGCGCCGCUCGGAAGUGACGUCAUCGUGCGACUCGCGCGUGCGCCUUUCGUCGCGGGAAAAGCGAGCCGUUGUCGUCUGCACGGCAUCGCGCGUUGUCGUCUGCGUGCCACGCCAGACAGCCGCAUCUUCGAAACCGACGACGAACCGAAGUGACCGACGCCGAAACAAUGCAGCUGUCAUCACGUUUUCUACGGUGUGAUCUAUCGUGAAAUCCAACUCCUUGCAUCAAUUUUCUUUUUGUCGCUAAGUGUGGACAGCGCUGCGGGAUUCGAAUCCGGUUUCCGCAGCGAAACUACGGAUGCCACUGUUCCGUCUGGGCGAACGGUGGACGUAUAUUCCUUCUGCCAGCUGCGAGCGUGUUUGCAAACAGCUGCAGGAUUCCGAUUUCGCUUCCAACGCUCCGAUGGUGCGCGUGUGUGUCAGCGACUGUUUCUACUGAAUGUGACGCGCUGCUUCCGGUCUUCAGGGCCACUGACUGGCUCAUCUAGCGCAUCCAGACUGUGGCGGACGCGCGCACUUCCGAUUUGUCCGUCGGAAGCGAAACCCUACCCUGCGAGAAACGACUUCCGCAUCGAGUUCGACCGGCGCUUUAGGUUUUUGUCACCGGAUAAUCAUCUCUCCGUGCAGUGAGCCUGACGUCAGGUCUUCAAGGUGACGACGCCGGCGCGCCAAUUUUAGUUGCCGUGUUCCGGACACUACGGCCGUCGUGCUCAGCGGCUGCUGUUAUUCUGGUGUUGUGUAUCGUGAGUGCGGCCAGAGGAAGACGACAGACAUGGCAGCGGUCGUGCAAAGAAGGCAGAUUAGGAGGCCCGCGGGUCUUUCGGGCAUCGCGGCCCCCAAGACAUCGACGAGCUGCAACAGUUCACGGUCCGGGUCACCGCACACCGGCUCCUUCAUCCCGCAGCCAAAGUCCGCAGUCGUCACAAGGGACCGCACAGCAAACAGCGAUAGGUCCAGGCCUUCCUCGACCGCAUCGUCGUCGUCCAUCUCGCACCUGCCCGUGAAGAACGCUGGCGUUCCGGUGCGCCAGCCAGCAGCCGCCGGCCCAGUCCAACGGACCGGGCAACGGUCACGUGAUCCCCAAGGGAUCGCACAUCGCCUCCGCCCACCACAACGGGGCCGUCGUCGCCAACCACAACAACAACGCCGUCAAUCACCACGGUAG